AUGCAGAAUGAGUUGAUUUCAUUGCUUGGUUCUGCGAUUAAAAUUGAAAUCAUUAGAAAAAUCAAACAGGCAAAGUAUUUUUCAGUGAUACUUGAUUGUACUCCUGAUGUUAGUCACCAAGAGCAAAUGUCUUUGAUAAUAAGAUAUGUGGAUAUUUCUUCAGCUUCUGUUAGUAUUGAGGAAUCAUUUUUAGGAUUUUUGAAUGUGAAUGAUACAAGUGGUCAGGGGCUUUUUGAUGUUUUACAAAAUGAAUUGAAAGAACUUGGUCUCGACCUAUUUGACGUGAGAGGGAAAGGUUAUGAUAAUGGGUCCAAUAUGAAAGGAAAACACCAAGGUGUGCAAAAGAGAUUUUUAGACAUAAAUCCGAGAGCCUUUUAUACCCCUUGUGGUUGUCAUAUUCUUAAUUUGGCAUUGUGUGAUAUGGCUAACUCUUGUAUUAAAGCUAGGAAUUUUUUUGGAGUUGUUCAACGCAUUUAUACAAUUUUUGCCAAUUCUUCUAAGAGAUGGCAAAUUUUGAAAGAUAAUAUAAAAGGGUUGACUCCAAAAUCAUUGUCAUCCACUCGUUGGGAGAGUCGUGUAGAAAGUGUCAAAGCUAUAAGAACUCAAAUGUUAGAAUUUACAGAAGCUUUGCUUGAAGUGUCAGAAAAUGAUCUUGAUCCUAAAAUACAAAAUGAAGCUAAAUCCUUAGCAACAAAUGAGCUUGUUGAUUUUGAGUUUUUGAUGGCUAUAAUUAUUUGGUUUGAAAUAUUAUCUGCAAUUAAUUCUGUUAGCAAGUUUUUACAGGAAAAGGAUAUGCUUAUUGAUGUUGCUAUGCAAAAAAUUAAGGGGUUGAUUUCGUAUUUUGAGGGAUAUAGAGAAACAGGUUUUUAUAAGGUAUUGAUUAACGCUAAGGAAAUUGCGGUGGAAUUGAAUAUUGCCACAAUAUUUCCUCAAAGGCGUAUAAUUAAAAGAAAAAGGCAAUUUGAUGAGAAUUUGAAUAUCCCAUCAGUCGAGCUAUCAGAGGAAGAAUCAUUCAGGGUUAAUUAUUUUCUUUACCUUGUUGAUCAAGCUGUUGUUUAUCUUAAUAAGAGGUUUGAGCAAUACCAAGAGUAUGAAAGUAUUUUUGGUUUCUUGUUUACUUCUCACAAGUUACAAUCAUUAGAUGAUGCAACUUUGAAGUCUUGUUGUACUAACUUUGAGCAGGCAUUGAAACAUAAUGAGCAAUCUGAUAUUGAUGGGAAUGAAUUUUUUGCAGAGUUGAAGUUACUAAGAGAAAUGUUGUCUGAAGAAACCAUAAGACCUACUGAUAUAUUAUUAUUUUUAAAAGGCUUGGAUUGUUUUCCUAAUACAGUUAUUUCAUAUAGAAUCUUAUUGACUAUUCCUGUGACAGUUGCUUCUGCAGAAAGAAGUUUUUCAAAAUUGAAGUUGUUAAAGACUUACUUGCGGUCUACCAUGUCAUAA